AUGCCACCCAUGUCGAUCAACGACACGAAGCAUUUACUGACUCUCACCAAUCAGAUGCCCCUUGGCCUAGUAACUGAGCAGGUCACUGCUCAAAACCCCCCGUGGAACGUGGACGAGUACUCGUCUUCCGAGUAUUUCUCCAACACGCCUAGCUCACCCGAGCUUGCUGAUCAUGCACAAGCAUGUUACCCCUUCAACUACCUUACGAAUUCCACGACACCACCAAACCACGACGUGAACAUGAUAUCCCCGACAGAACAUUCUUCGGCGAGGGAGCGACAGAUCCGGUCACCAACGCAAAUGAUUCAGGUCCCACAGAUGACCGAGACUCAACUCCGGGUAGCAUCACGCAAGCCAAAAAACCGCCGAUACAAGGUGACUUCGAAAACGCCAGCACACGUCCGAGAAUGUCAUCACCUUGCCGAGAAGCAAUACCGCACUCGACUCAAGGCGCAGUUUGAAAGUCUUCUAGCGGCACUGCCGGCGUCCAGAACAAACACCCUAGCUGAUAGAGACAGCACGCCAAGUUCAGGGCAAGUCUUAAGUAGGGGUCAGGUACUCGACCUUGCGCGAGAGCGUAUUCUCGAGUUGGAAGAAGAGGUUCGAAUCAUGGGGAGUAUUUUAUCCAAUGUGUAUCCCUUAGCUUGA